AUGCGCCUGGUGGCCGUGCGCGCUAAUUAUAACCGCGUUCUGUUAAAGCGGCGUCCCGUUCCCCCAGCGUGCGUUUUGGAAGCCGACCACGCGAAGCAUCCAGCGUUGCUCAACUCUGUUCGCCACUGCCCACUGCCAGUCUGCCUUGCCACCCUCCACCUCCAUGCUCCACCACCACCUCGCCGCCUCGAGGCCAGAACCCUAGGCAGCUCCCAAUGCCGCCCCACCGCCUCCUUCCCCUCCUCCUCCUACUCCUGCCUCUCGUCCUCGGCGUCUCCGGCGCCGCCGCUGCCGGGGGGAACGCCACGUCGGCGCCGCUCGCCUGCUCCGAGCUCUCGCGCGUCUGCACGGCCUUCCUCGCCUUCCCGGCCGCCGCCGGCGCGGGGCCGCCAAUGCCACGCUGCUCGAGUCCAUGUUCGACGCCGCGCCGGGGACCUCACAGCCGACGCCGCGGCCAGCCCGGGGUACGCCUUCUUGCGUAAGAACUGCUCAUGCCUCCCGUCCCGCACCUACCUCGCCAACACCACCUACACCAUCCCCUCCUCCGCGACGGCCUCCUCCCCCAAUGCCACCGCCGCCGAUGUCGCGGCCGCGGCGUACGCGGGCCUCGCCGUGCCGCCGCCUGGCGGGGCGGCGCAGCGACCGCCGCGACCGGGGGCGGUUGUGGCGCUCCACCUGCUCUGCGGCUGCUCAUCCGGGCCCUGGAACCACCUUCUCAGCUACGUCGGCGUCGAGGGGGACACGGUGGAAUCACUGUCGAGUAGGUUCGGGACGAGCAUGGAUGCCAUCGAGGCUGCCAAUGCCAUGGCCGGCCCCGACCCCAUCACAGCAGGGGGAAGGUGUACUACAUCCCACUCAACUCAGUUCCUGGACAAGCGUAUGUUACACUACCUGCUCCUCCUGCUCCUGCCCCAGCGCCAACAGAUCACACAUUUUAGUCACUCUUUUUAUGUUCUUGAUCCUAUAUUUCUCUUCCAAGUAUCAUCACUGAAAAAUGUCAGUUUUGAGACACCAGAUCACCAUUUGACCAAAUUUCCUUAUGGAUGGGUUAUUGGUAGCAUGGGAGUUGCACUUGCUUUAAUUGCUAUUGCUGUCCUUGCACUUGUCCUAUGGAAAUUCUUUGGAUAUAAUCCCCAAGAUCCUAAUAACCAGGGAAAGAGCCCAGACCGACAUAAGUUUCAACUCCUUAAGAGUGGUAGUUUCUGUUAUGGUUCUGGAAGAUACUUGUGUUGCCAAUUUGGAAAUGCAAAGCCAACAAGAGCAGAUGGUGGUGAUCAUCAUAUCAAUGUCCCCAAAGGCAUGGCAGCAGACGUAUUUGAUAGGGAGAAGCCUAUUGUGUUUACAUACGAAGAAAUACUCACAUCAACCGACUCAUUUUCUGAUGCAAAUCUUCUUGGACAUGGUACAUAUGGUUCUGUCUAUUACGGUGUUCUCCGAGACCAGGAGGUUGCGAUAAAGAGAAUGAUGGCCACUAAAACAAAAGAAUUCAUAGUGGAGAUGAAAGUUCUUUGUAAGGUUCAUCAUGCUAGUCUGGUAGAAUUGAUUGGCUAUGCAGCAAGUAAGGAUGAGCUUUUCCUGGUUUAUGAGUACUCUCAAAAUGGUUCGCUCAAAAAUCAUCUACAUGAUCCUGAAAGCAAGGGAUGUUCAUCACUUUCAUGGAUCUUUAGGGUCCAAAUUGCACUUGAUGCUGCUAGAGGACUAGAAUACAUUCAUGAGCACACCAAAGAUCAUUAUGUUCAUAGAGACAUUAAAUCAAGUAAUAUCUUGCUUGCUGGUUCCUUCAGAGCGAAGAUUUCAGAUUUUGGCCUUGCAAAACUUGUAGUGAAAUCCAGUGAUGCAGAGGCUUCUGUCACUAAGGUUGUUGGAACUUUUGGUUAUCUAGCUCCUGAAUACCUGCGGGAUGGCCUGGCAACUACAAAGAGUGAUGUCUAUGCUUUUGGUGUGGUACUUUUUGAGCUAAUAUCUGGAAAGGAGGCGAUUACAAGAGCUGAAGGAAUGGGUGCAAGCUCAAACUCUGAGAGACGCUCACUGGCAUCAGUUAUGUUAACUGCUCUAAGGAAAUGUCCUAAUUCAACGUAUAUGGGGAACCUGAAAGACUGUAUUGACCAUAAUCUGAGGGAUCUGUAUCCUCAUGACUGUGCGUACAAGAUGGCCAUGCUAGCGAAACAGUGCGUGGACGAAGACCCUGUUCUACGGCCGGACAUGAAGCAGGUGGUGAUCACGCUCUCUCAAAUACUGCUGUCUUCUAUCGAGUGGGAGGCGACACAGGCUGGGAACAGCCAAGUGUUCAGUGGUCUUGUGGCGGGGAGGUAA